AUGACUUUGACCAACAACAUGGUCGAUAACAUCGCUCCAAUUCUUCAAGUACCCGACAAUGCUAGUGACUAUGGUGAAUUCGGUAGUGACGAGGAGGAAAUCACAAUCAUCGACGAGCUGCUAGCACAGGCGACUUCUCAGACCGAUGAAGCACAGCAUGCUCCUCUCAUAGUGAUUGGUAUCGAAGAUUAUGAGUCGCCUCGAGGCGUUGUCCUGCCUAAGAACCUCAUUGAUACGCGAUUGCAUUCUCCCGAGAUACUUACUGAGGUCGAGAUCUUACGCGACAAGUCGUCAGGGCCUAUUGAUACGCGACAAAGCAAGACUCCAGAGCGCGAGCUCACACCCCCAGCAGAACCUGCGAAACCAGAUAAUCGUUCACCUCUCGACCGGUUCAGGAAACCCCCGAAGAAAGCGCUUUCCGUCACUGAUCUUGUAUCCCCGUCAUGGUGCGAGCUUCAGUACUACUACGUCUUGAGCAAGCAUGGUCGCAAGAGAAGAACGCCUGCUAUGAAGCAGGGUAGCGCUGUACAUCAAUCUUUGGAGAACGAGGUACAUGUCACGGUGCCAGUAGAGACGACUACGAAAGAGGAUACUUGGGGUCUCAGACUAUGGAACAUCUGUCAGGGUUUGAAGACAUUGCGCGACACAGGCAGAACCAGAGAGCUUGAGAUAUGGGGUACUGUUGGCGGCGAACUCGUUAAUGGGAUCAUCGACGAGCUCAGCUACGAAUGUCCAGAUCCGAAACACGAGGAAAGUCUCAAGACAAAAGGUCAACCAAUAUCAGAAUUGCCAGAAUACCAGACGAGUAUAACCGAGUACUUGCUCGCCAAACCAGAAAAGGCUGCAAAUGGACCGCAGAAAUUGAAAGCUCAGCAGGAACAGCAAUGGAUCUACCUCACAGAUGUCAAGACCAGAGCAACACCUACCCUUCCCACAGGCUCAAGCUUACGGCCUGUGAUUGUGCAGCUACACCUCUACCACCACAUGCUCGAGAACCUAGCACAAGGCAACUUCAGCCUGGAUCAGUUGACCGAAAGGUACAAGCUUGACCCGAACGCCACUUUCUCGGACUCGUUCCUUGCACAGCUAGGCAACCUGAACCAAGAAGUAUUUUCACAAGAGUCUAGGGACGAAGGCACAUCUACAGAUCCACCUCCUUCCUCCCAGGACUCCAUGGAUGUUCUAUUACGCCACAACAACCUCAGCACCCUCUGGGAAUACAUGAUGCAGCAAUUCAGGCAAACAUUUCUCCUCGAGACCGACCAAGAAACCACAACCCAAACUGCCCUCGAACCACCUUCAUCACAGCUCUCAACAUCCGACCUCCCACCUCCACCAGCCCAACCAACCCGCCUCUCCUCCCUUCUCACUGCCUCCUACCUGUCCUCAACCUACAAACACACCCCUCCCUCUCCAGGCUCCUCUCAACGCAUCCUUGGCCACAAAUCUUUCCAGUUCAACCCUGCCUUCCUGCGUACUUACCUCUCCGAAUCACUGCCUUGGUGGCGAGGGGAACGUGAAGCCCAUGGCGUAGUAUUGCAGGAAGCCUGGAAGUGCCACAGUUGUGAUUUCCGGCAUGAGUGUUCGUGGAUACAGGAGAGGGAGAAGUUGGCUUUGGAUGAGGCUCUGGAAAGGAAGAAGAUGAGGGAGAUGGCGGGGGUUGAAGGAAAGGAUGCUGCGGGAGGGGCAGCGAGGAGUAAGGUCUAG